AUGUCUCGACAGCGAGCCCAGGUGGGGGAGGAGGAGGAGGAGGAGGAGGAGGAGGAGGAGAAGGUGCGGCAGAUGCUACGCAAGUCUACUCUUAUUAUAAACGAAUUCGCACACAAGUCACCGCACCUUCCUUAUCUUGCUGUGGAGCACAUGGUGUACAUCACCGGAAACGAUGGUUGGACUGUCGCCCAUUGUACGCUCUAA